CCAAAAGAUAACUUUAUCUUUCCGACGAUAUUCCUUCCAAAUAAGCCAAAUAUAGCCUAACAUACAUCGAAAGGUAUGGCUCGAAGGAUUCCCUGGAGAAGAAAUUGCCCUGAUGUUGUUCUGAACAGAAUUGAGGAAGCCAGUCAAGCUAGAAUUUAUCUUCUUCGCGAGACAGGCCCCACAGGAUUUCUUUUGAAGGAAGAUGGCUUGGAUAAGAAAUUUAAGGUUUGUUGACGUAAACAGCGAUUUCUUAACAAUAACAACAAGUCUCAUAGCCGCAUAAAACGUCUAUUGUCUUUUACGAAUGAUACGAGAAUACAGACGAGCCCUAAAGUUUGUUGAAUGCAUGAUGAAUAUACCCAAAGACGUUUGAAAACUUAUAUUAAUUCUACUUGAUUGUCAUAUGAACUGGGUUAAAACUCAAAUCUUUGGUUUUCCCUUACCAUAAGCUAUUUACUCUGAAACAAUACUAUUGUUGUAUAAAAAAGUUUGACAAUGGUGAAACUAACAUACAGUAACUUGCAACAUGAUUCUGCAAAUACAUAAUUAUUGUCUCCUAUUUAUUUUGUUUGCCGGCGUUACAAUAUGAGAACUUACAUUACAAUACGUACAUGUAUACUUUCCACCUUUUCAACUGUACCAUAACAGUUCCCUAAUAAUCUAACUCUACCCUAUCAUGAGUUUUAACUCGCUUUGAACCUUAGGAUACCCUGCUAGGAAUGUUACCAGAAGUAAGCCACAAAAAGUAUGCAUGACUUUUCAUAUUUUAUUGUCUCAUUCCAUAUUAUUUUGUUUUUCAGGUGUUUUUGGGCGAUCAACAUUCUUGUACUUGUCAAAAUUUCACAAAGGAGAAGGAGCUAUGUAUUCAUAUCCUCUGGUAAGUACAAUUUUGAUUCCAACACAUAACAAAAAUCUGUGCAUGCACUCACUUUUAAUGCACAAAGAUAUUUAAACAUCUUCUUUCAAAGACUUCAUUAGCACUCAAUAGUACUGUUUGAAAAUAAUAGCUUAUACAUCACUUUUUUGUCUUUUGUUUUCUUCUUUGUUAUUUUACUGCAGGGUGCUUCUCAAAAAAUUUCGAGUUCCUAAGGAAAAUCAGAGUAAGUACUUUAUCAACUAUGUACAUGCAAAAAUGUUGUACCCAUAUCACUGUUUGCUAAAUGCCUGUUUUGCACUUUUUCCUGCUAGUUUUAAAUCAGAUUAAUUUAACUUUUUGGGGGGAAAAACUCAAAACAAAUACCUACAAUGUUGGUUGCCCAUAUGUGUAACAGCUUGUCAGUAUCUAUUGUGAUUAGUGCAAUUGACUGUGGGUUGAGAGGUCUGGGUUAAAACCCCAGCUGCAUCAAGAUGUUUAUCUGUUCUUGAGUGAGAAACUUUACUCUCUCAGUGCCUCUUUCUCUCCACCCAGGAAUAUAAAUGGUUACAAGAAAAUAAUUAGGAAAGCCUUAGAAAAUGCUGGAGAAAGCCUUGAUGGACUAACAUCUAAUACAGAGGGGGUUGUAAGAUUCUUUGUCAAUUCAUGCUGCUGAAACUUGGAUAAGCUCUGGCCAGAUGGGCCAGGAGACUUAUAAGCUGAUUUUACUCUACCACCAUUUAGUGAUUGUAAAGAUAAUGAGCAAGGAACAAAUGAUCACUGUUUGAAUCUUAGUUAUAUUUCAACUAUCACUGGUGGAACGUGAGAUUAAUGAAGUGAUGAAGGGAGGCUACUCAAGGUCAAACAGAUCAAAGAGGAAGGAUUCUGGUAAAGAUAUGGCAAACUCUGAUGAUCGAGAGAAACUUAAACAGAAACAGAUCGAGGAAGAAGAUGUGUGUCCAAUCUGUCAGGAUGAGUUGCUGCAGAAACCUGAACCACUAACUUAUUGCAAGUAAGUGUCAAAGACAGGGAGCCUCUGAUAAGAUACACAGUAGCAAACAUUCCACAUAAUGGAAAAGAAAUUCAGCAAACAAACCUUUGUUCACUUGUUCUGUAUGGCAAUCUUUUCUUUCAAUAAUCUCCACAUUGAAAAGUAUUCAAGUUUUGCCCUGGGACUUGGUAAAAACUCCAAUUAAAAGGGACAAGUUUGUUGUUUCACAAUAGUUCUUGGAAGUUUUGCUGCAAGCAUCAAUAUCAUGUUUUCAGUGCACUUUUCUGGCUGGCAUCUAAACUAACCAUAGUUUAACCAAUGAAAACAUUUACAUUGUUGUUUGUAGGUAUGGCUGUGGUAAUAGUAUUCAUGUAAAGUGCAUGAAAAUCUGGGCUGAACACCAACGUUCCACUGGAGAAACCAUCAUCAAGUGUCCUCUUUGUAGAAUUGACUUUGGGACUUUGCAGGUUAGUCAUUCAACAUGAAGAUGUUCAUGACCUGUUUUUUUCAUUUCUGUCAGUAAUUUAAAACAUCCUUUUGAUAUUUUUACCAUGAUGCUCAUUUAACCCAGAUAUUUUGGAUUUUUAUUUCUUAACUUGGCUUUUACAACUAAAGUAUUUUAAUUAAAAGGAAUUAAUGGAUGAGUUUCACAAAUCCUCUCGACGUAAAACAAGAGCAGAAAGACAAGACCUUCACCUUGGUGCAACUUGUAAGAGAUGCAGAGUUUGUCCCAUAGCUGGAAAAUGUUACAGGUAAACCACACCUGUUGUAUCUAUGAGGUAGACUAUUUUGUGGCUAUGGCUCUGACAGAAGAUUAAAAGUCAUAAUGUUAGCUGUGGAAACUCUCUACAGAGGCCAAUUUACAUUAUCAACUCAGAAACCAAAUUAUCUUGUAAUAUCCCUCCCCCCACCCACCCAUUACAGCAACACAGUUUCUUUAGAAUCCUACUCUCUUUACUAUUUUGUAGUAUUUUAUUAACAGUUAGUUCUGAUUUAUACAACUUGACAGCUUACUAAUUUGAAAAAAUUUCUGGCUUGUUUACAGGUGUGUUGUUUGUGCAGAUUAUCAUCUGUGUCACUCUUGUUUUGCCACAGACACACAUUUACAGCAUUCUUUCCAGUUUAGACAGGUAACAUCAGUAUGCAUAAUCUCCAUACUGUUCUUGAUACCUCUCCUAAAGUGCUGACAAGAAUAAUUUGUUUUAUAAUCAUGACCUUCUUUAGUUGAUGAUCAUUUCCUUUAUUCUCCUGAGCUUAAUGUUUGGCUCAGGGGUGAUAUUGUGAGAAGAAAUUGGAUGCUAGUCACUCAUCAGAGUCGAAGGGUUAACUGCUCACACAAAAGCAGAUUUCAAUCAAUUUCAAUGGUGAAAUUUGUUACAUGUAAAUUCUACAUUGAUUGAUAGAAUCUUACACUAAUUGUUAUUUGCAUCACAUGGAGUUGGAGAUCAGUAUAAAAUUUUAUUCUUCAUGUUCAUUAGAAACCCAGUGAACGAUGGCGAGCAGCUUCACGGAUAACUCCUUUACCCAGUGCAGUAAUGAGUGACUUGGAAAAUAGAGAUAUUUCUGAGAGUGAUUAUGAAUUGCUGUUGCAACUUGACAGGUAGGACAACAAAAUUAUUUGGAUCAGUUUCGUACGAGUAUCAAAAGUGAUUAAAAAUUUAAUUUAAUUUUAAAACUAUCCUCAUUACCUGUUUGGUCCUUGCAUUCACAGGCAGGUUACUGAUCAGGAUGGCAUCCCUGCAAAUGUGAUCCACAGUCUACCAACACAAGUGUUGCAAGAUGGACACAGGCUGUUGGGUGACAGCAGCAACUGUGGUGUCUGCUUACAAAGAUUUCAAGUCCACCAGCACAUCAGAACUCUUCCUUGUCACCAUCCUUUUCACAUCACUUGUAUCGACAACUGGCUUUCAAAUCAUUCACAGUGCCCUAUGGAUGGCUCUUAUGUUGGAUCUGUUAUUACCACAGCAUCCGGGCAACCAAACAGACAAAUGGUGUCAGGAGUGGGGCAACUUAGGUCUGGACCAAAAGGCAGUCAUGCGUUAGGAGGGGCUGGGAAAAGACCAAGCCAGAGAUUAAAAGGACUUAAUGAUAGUAGCAACUCAGCAGCAAGUUUACCAAGUAGUUUUACUCUCAGCGGAUCUCAAUUGAUGGUAGUACAAAAUGAUAAGUCUCGGUAAGAGUGGAAAAGAUUGUCAGACCUUGGAGUAAAGUUCUUAUAGAGAUUUGAAUAUUGCCCUAAAGUUACUUGCAUUUCUUUUUUACACAUAAACACAUCAACUGAAUUUAACUUAUUUUGCCAAGGUCCAGAUUGAUUACUUUACCUACAACCUAUGACUGAUUUCUUUAAAGUUUCCUAAGUUUUAAGAUUUCUUUAGAUUAUGGCCGUUCAAACUUUGGUGUCUAUCAAAAGACCAAAUUCUAUGUAUGAAUAUAGUACUUGUUACACUUUCCUAUGAAUAUGGCCGGCAAACCUGAUGUUAGGUGAUUAUAACUCCAGUGACUUUAGUACAAGUCGUAUUCCAAUAGUUGACCCUUAACCCUUUAUUUCCUAUGAAUGACCGAAACAUAAUUUCUCCUUGCGAUAUCAAUACAACAUCAAGAAGACAAGUGAUGAGAAUACAAGCAAUUAUCAAGUAGGAAAUUAUUAGUUGAUACGAUUCCAAAUUCUCCAAUCUAACAUCAGGAGAAUUGUAAGGCAGACCGUGAGGAGAAUUACUAAUGAGAUCGUUUAAGGUUCAGUGAUACUUUUGGCUUUACAAUGGUACUACAACUGUUAUCCAUUUUCAUACAGGUCCAAUGGAGACAUUCAGAUCCCCAGUCAUGACCGUUUGUCAUCCGUAGUGCCUCCGCUAAUGGAUCAGCCUCACAUUAUUCCCCACGUGGGUCUUUUUCGAGUAUCUUCAGCGGGACGGGACAAGACGCGAUCUCAACACAGAGCUUCUCCUGAAUCCUCUGUUGGAAUAAAAUCGUUCACGCGGUACAACUUAAAUUUUAAUCCUGUGAAUGCUUCUAAACCACCCAUGCCGCCUCAAAGUUUGAACAAUAAUAGAAGUUCGAGCAGUGAAACAAGGAGGCCGAGGGCAAAACUGGACAGAACUCAACGAAGCAGUGUAAGUUGGUACUUGCAGUUGUAGUGUAAUAGAGCGCAUUUCGAUUAUAUAUGUUAUAAAAAAAAUCAGCAUGAUCAACCGAACCAAUGCCAAAUCGGAGAAAAAUGCAAAGAGCUAAUGAUAGUUCAAAGCCAAAAAUGGGCAAACAGUCUAAAGCGCGGAAAAACGCGGAAAAACGCGGGUGACCAAGUCGUGAGUGUUGUAGUUCUUUCAUCUGAUUGUUUGGGAAGUUAGGGCGAGUUUUCUAGACCAAUCACACGGCGAAGAAGCAAACGCAAGACAAUCCGUCUCGUACUCUAUCUUUAGAGACAUUUAGAGGCCAGAUAUUUCAAAGUGAAAGCAUAAGCGCUUUUCGUGAAUGGUGAUUUCGUGUUAGGUAUCUUAAUUAUUCCGUAUCAUUUCUUUGCAGUCGGUUGGAGAACUUAGUUUGUUUGCAUCAGGCACCGCUGUGUCACUAGGAUCGCAGACUCCGCCAUUAAACACAGACAAGAAACUUAAAGGACAGCUUAUGAAAGGAAAGCUAACAACCAAGAAUUCUCGGCAGUCUCUAUCGGACCCAGGCCUAGCCGUGACGUUGGAGCCUAUUGUUGGCUCUGGAAUAUCAGUUUACCUCCCUCCUGUUGAUAUAGAUUGAGUCAAACAUAAUUUGUAAUG